AUGUCCGAACCGACUCUAGCAUCACUGGCACUGGCGAUAUAUGUAAAUCGCAUUCCUACCAAAAUCAAGAAUACCCAUGUCAAUGCCACCUCGCCUUGUCUUCCUCCUGCCCUUUCAACUCCGCUUCCGAUUCUUCCUCCCCGUCAAACCCACCACCAAUAAUCCACAUAUAUUCCUUCGGUGCCUCCCGAUCCACACGUCCAUCGCCAGUUUGAGGGGUACUUAGAGCAGGGAAGAGCGUCUUGUUCCAGGUAUUCUUUCCCUUCCCCUCCACUCAUAAUUACGAAAAACACUCCUAGGCAACAACCGCAUAUCACCUCCACCUCCCUCUCCAGGCCUAUACCCCUUCCUUAACGAACGACCCAUUCGAUGGGCGUCGACUCGGGUUGGUCGCUUUCCGAAAUACGGGGGGGGGGCUUGACACCGAUGGGGUGGGGGAGGAAGGGAACCUUGUGGAUUUGCCGCUCAUCGCGCUGAGUAAUGGGCAGACGAGGAGAGCGAGAAUUGCGAGGGCUGUUAUGAAGGCUCCGGAGGUGCUUUGAGCCGCUGAGUAAGUGGUUCUUCGUCCUUGCAUUUCGUCGUUCCCCUUCCUAAACGUUCUUUCAUUCUUUUUUCGCUUCUUCUCCUUCCUUUCCUUGCUAUCCUUCGUAUUUUGCAUUUUUAUUUCCCGUGCUUCCCGCCGUUCACCUCCCACUUUUUUCAUUGCCUAGGCACGUUUCAACCCUCCCUUGGUCUCUCACUCGCGUUCCCUCACGCA